GCGAAUCCAUGAGAGAUGCCUGUGUAUGUUGGAUACCCGCGGGACUGUCCUCCUGGAAAGCCGCAUCCGCGAGCCCUAGGACCGCAGCUGAAUGCACAGCUAGAAGGCUGGCUUUCUCAAGUACAGUCUACAAAAAGACCUGCUAGAGCCAUUAUUGCACCCCAUGCAGGAUAUACGUACUGUGGGUCUUGUGCCGCCCAUGCUUAUAAACAAGUGGAUCCGUCUAUUACCCGGAGAAUUUUCAUCCUUGGGCCUUCUCAUCAUGUGCCCCUCUCUCGAUGUGCACUUUCCAGUGUGGAUAUAUAUAGGACACCCCUGUAUGACCUUCGUAUUGACCAAAAGAUUUACGGAGAACUAUGGAAGACAGGAAUGUUUGAACGCAUGUCUCUGCAGACAGAUGAAGAUGAACACAGUAUUGAAAUGCAUUUGCCUUAUACAGCUAAAGCCAUGGAAAGCCAUAAGGAUGAGUUUACCAUUAUUCCUGUACUGGUUGGAGCUCUGAGUGAGUCAAAAGAACAGGAAUUCGGAAAACUCUUCAGUAAAUAUCUAGCGGAUCCUAGUAAUCUCUUUGUGGUUUCUUCUGAUUUCUGCCACUGGGGUCAAAGGUUCCGUUACAGUUACUAUGAUGAAUCCCAGGGGGAGAUUUAUAGAUCCAUUGAACAUCUAGAUAAAAUGGGUAUGAGUAUUAUAGAACAAUUAGACCCUGUAUCUUUUAGCAAUUACUUGAAGAAAUACCAUAAUACUAUAUGUGGAAGACAUCCCAUUGGGGUGUUAUUAAAUGCUAUCACAGAGCUCCAGAAGAAUGGAAUGAAUAUGAGCUUUUCCUUUUUGAAUUAUGCCCAGUCAAGCCAGUGUAGAAACUGGCAAGACAGUUCAGUGAGUUAUGCAGCUGGAGCACUCACGGUCCACUGAAGCUCUGAAUCCUCAGGGAUGCCACCUGCACAUUCUCAUACUCUGUCCGGGGUCCCAGCCUAGCCUUUACCAAGAUACUGGUCCUGGUUUGGGGGGAUUCUGAAACCUCAAACUAAUAGAACUUUCUUCUCUUUUUUUCUAGUAGGUGUAGUCCUUCCUUAAUUUCAACUCAUUAAAAAAUGCUUUAUAGUUUAGGGCAGUGGAAGGAAGGCUGGCAUCAAAAUAUUUUCAUCAAAAAAGAUGACAAUGUAAAGGCUCAGUUGUGGCAGACAGUUUUUUGAAAGUAACUUGUAAAGCAUUUACCAUAUCCUAAAUUUGCACUCUUUGCAGACUUGUGCACAUAUAUUCCGCUUUCAGAAUAGUUUUGCAAAUUGUACACAAACAAACAAAAAGGUGGAAGCUUUUUAAUAAAGAAAUUGCAUUUAUAAAUGAUCUGUAUUAGAAUAUAAUAAAUCUCCAGUUAUAGUCAAUUACUACCCAUGUUGUACAACAGAUACCUUCUAUUUUAGUUGCUAAUAAAGGGCUACACAACUCAAAA